CGGGAAAACGAACGAGACAGUGUUGCCGUUUAAAACAUAAUAAUAGCUGCUAAUUUCAUAAAAAUGAAUAUAUACAAAAUACGUCAAAAUGUACGUACACAAACAUAAUAGGAUCUUAAAUCUUUUCAAUAUUGGUAUACAAAACAAUUUCGUAGAUCUACAAGUUGUUCGCCGCGAACGUAGACCUCGCGAAUACAAUAAAUUUUAAUAAUAUUUUAAAAUGUCAAAAAUUGCCAAUACCUAUUUGUAGACGUUGUAGACCCUGCAUGAUACGGACGGAACGGAAAGGAACAUUUUCAUUCCAAAUUAUUUCCAUCCAUACAGUUGUUCUGUAUCCGUCACUAUUGUUUCCUAUUCUAAAAUACAAGUUUCUCCUCCCCUUGUUGAGAAAAAGAAGAAAUAAUAUUGGUAUUCUCAUUCCGACAAAAUUUUGCAAUUACGGCUGACUCACUAAAUAGUUUGUUGGAAGGUGAAUCUGAAGCAAUUGAUUCAGUACAAUGGAUCCGAAAGAAGUUGUGGAGCAUCUUGUUGCAUUAAAAGUUAUGAGACUAACUAAACCGGCGCUCAUAAGCCCUAAAAUCGUUACCUGUGAUUCGAAAGAUUUGCCAGGAAACAUUCUAAACAACUACCUAAAGGAUGACGCUACAUCAGUUUCUCAAAUGGAAACUCUUGCUGCAGGCCAAUUUCUAUUAUUGCCCCAGAGUUUUGGUAAUAUUUAUCUUGGAGAGACGUUUUCAUGUUAUGUUUGUGUUCAUAAUGAAACUAAUUUGCCAGUACAAAGUGUAUCUAUAAAGGCAGACCUUCAAACAAAUUCCCAGAGAAUACCACUUACUACACAACAAAGUCAAACACCAUCAAUGCUAGAUGUGGAGGAAACUCUGAGUGAUGUCAUACAUCAUGAAGUUAAGGAUCUAGGAACACACAUCCUGGUUUGUGAAGUAACUUAUAUGUCUAUUUAUAACACAUUGCAAUCAUUCCGCAAGUUUUUCAAGUUUGAAGUAAUGAAACCAUUGGAUGUGAAAACUAAGUUUUAUAAUGCAGAAUCUGAUGAUGUAUACCUAGAGGCUCAGGUGCAGAAUAUCACAUCUGGAGCAAUUACCCUAGAACAAGUAUCACUAGAAAGCUCUCAGCAGUUUUCUGUCAAGUCGCUGAAUGAAGUAAAAGAUGAAGAAUCUGUGUUUGGAGAUAUAACUUUACUUCAACCUCAGGAGAGCUGUCAGUACUUAUAUUGUCUGAGACCCCGAGAAAAUAUAUCCAAUGAUAUUAAGUUAUUGGCUGCAGCAAAGAAUAUAGGAAAAUUAGAUAUUGUAUGGAGGUCUAACUUAGGUGAAAAGGGUAGACUACAGACAAGCCAGCUACAGAGAAUGACUCCAGAUUUUGGAGACAUUAGAGUAACAUAUGAAAAGCUGCCAAGUAGGGUUCCAGUGGAUCAGCCUUUUAUGUUCCAGUGCAAAAUAACAAAUGCCAGUGAACGCACCUUAAAUCUUAUUUUAAAAUUGCGAUCUUUGCAGGACUCUAGCCUUAUAUGGUGUGGCAUUUCAAAUAGAAAAUUAGGCCCACUGGAGCCAGGCAACUCAAUUUGUCUCAGCUUGACAGCUCUACCUAUUAACACUGGUCUGCAUAGUAUCACAGGAGUGUCCCUUGUGGACUUAUUUCUAAAAAGAACCUAUGACUAUGAUGAUUUAGCUUAUGUGUAUGUAUGUUAAUUAAAUGUCAAUUCUUUGUAUAAAACAAUAUGUAAAUUAAGUAAUUUAACAAACCUAUUACCUACUAUUAUUGUAAUCUGUAAAAAUAAAAUAGUUAAGUAAUGCAAA